UGACAUUACAGCUGAUGUCAGUCCGUAAUGAAAACCCUAAAUAUAAUUACUAACCUUAACUAUCAACUGUAAAUCAAAAUUCGUAUUCCUCACAAAGGUUUAUAAUCCUCAUCCAUUCUUAGUUAUUGAGUGGACAGUUUCAAGGUCAAUCUAGGUCGUCCAUAAAUUAUAGUCUAAUCAUUGAUUACAUGAACUACUUGUCAAAGAAACAUACUUGUUUACAAAAUAUUAAUGAAUAACUAAGUAGAACAAACAUUGUAAAUGAUUAUCUAAUAUAAUAAAAAUGUAAUUUUAAAUUAACUAACAGAAACAAAUAUAGUCAUUUGUUCAACUAUUCAAUCCGUUGAAUAUAAAUAAAUAAAUAUUUUAUUAAAGGGAAUUCAAAUAUUGUGUAAACUAUAAAUACACGUGAUACUUUUCUGUCUAAUCUAUUGGUUAAAUACUUGACAAAUCAAGACUAUGCACUAAAAUAUGAAAAAAAGUAAAAGAUGGGUUCAAAAGAUUUUUAUUUUUAUUUAAAACUAAGUAAAUAAACAUUGACUUUAGUAAUAAAAAAACAAACAAACAAAAUGAUAUAUAAACUGAUUGAAAUGAUCAAAUUUCUAUCUUAAAUGAUGACAGAUCUGUAUGAAUAUUUCUAUCAUUAAAGAUUCAUCAAGUAUAUUAUGAACUGUAAUAAUUAUCAUUUGUUAAGAUAUUGGUUGAAUUUAUUUCACAGUUGAUAAUAUUUCUUUAAACACUCUCUUCACACUUAUUCAUAUAUCAAAUAUAUAUACAUAUAUAUAAAGAGAGAGAACUUCUUUGAAUGCAUUUAUAUCGUUUUGCAAGUCAAAUUCUUAAUGAAAAAGAAUUCGAUCUUAGAUUAUUACGUCUAGGUCGUUUUCAACCUUGGGGAUUUCGAUUUAAUAAAAAUCAAGGACAUCUAUGGGUAUCUGAAGUAUAUCCUUGGUCUCCAGCUUUUGGUUGGCUUGAGAUUGGAGACGAAAUUCUAGAAAUUGAAGGUCAUUUAGGUACCGAAUUAACAGAACAAGAAUCUUAUUCACUUACUGAAUUGAAAAGUAAUUAUCUACGUCUUGGAAUUCGACGCUUACCAAUGUUUAGUAAUCAGUAUAUGGGAACAAGGCCAACUUCUAGAAAUCUUUCAAGAGCUGCCAGUACAACAGUCUAUGGUCAAUCUGGACCAUAUUCUAGACUUAAUGCACAACAACCUCAACAGAAACCAGUAAAUGCCAAAGAUAAUAAUGAUGUUGAACCAGAAGAAGUUGAUUACAGUUUUAUGAAUCUACCAGUUCGUGAAAGACGAAAACUUUUUCUUGGUGGAGGUCAACCGCCUACUAUUCAAAGAGGUUAUCUACAUUCAUUAACAAUGCCAAGAAAAAGAAACGAUGUAAACAAUUUUCAUAAUCGAUAUGAAACUCAAUCGGAAUAUGGUGGAACAGAUCAUAACUUUGGAUGGGAUGCUCCAGUAACACCAACAUGGGUUAGAGAAAAUCGUACAACCAAUACUAGUGAACCAGUAAAAUCAAGAUCAACUAAAACAUUCAGUUUGUCUACAAUGCCAUCAGAAAAAUCAUUUCAACAGGAAUUCACUCAAUAUGUUGCUGGACCACCUUCACCUCGUUACAAUCAGAACCCACCUGCUACUACAAACUAUUUCAAUACUGUGCAACCAAAAUCUAAUUAUAAACAAAACUAUCCUCAAUACUCUGCAACUAUACAUGUUCAAGAUUCACAUCCAACUGGGAACAUAACAUCUGGACGAGUGUACAAUGGAAGCUCAACACGUAUCUACCCAGCUAAACAAUAUAAUUCAAGUUCAUCACCUGUUAGACCAAUUACACCUUCAUCAGUCUAUCCAUCAUAUAAUUCGUACAAUUCAAUAUCGCGUGGUUCCGGCAGAGUUGUACAACCUCUACGUGUAAAUGUAUACAACAGCGAUAAUGCAUCUACGGUAUACAGUCCACAUAGAAAAGUAGAAAGUUCUCCCAACUGGAAUCCUAGUUCACCUAUUUAUCCAGCAUAUCCAGCCUAUAUGGAUAAAUCAAAUCAUGUUGAUAUUCAGCCUUUACGUUAUAGACGAGAGCAAUCUGUUCGUCCAGUAACAAUCUAUUCAACAAAUAAUCCAUCAACUAAUACAACAAUUGAAACGAAACAAGUAUGGAAAGCUAUACCAGCUCAGAAUUGGUUAGAUACACAAAGAACAGUACGUAGUGGUACAUUUAUAACUACAACGAAGAAAAUUCCUACUGGACGACGUCCAGAUAUUACCAAUGAACCAUCAGGUGUGUCAGAGUUUUAAAUGUCAACAUCUAUUUGGAUUUAACAACAAUAACAUUACAUAACUACUUAUAUAUUGUCAAAUAUGAAAUAAAAAAGCAUUUUUACAUUUCUAGUAAUCAAUAUGACAUCGGAAAAUAUUAUAGAAUUAAAAAAGAGUUCAAUUGGACAGGAAUUGUUCUUCAAUGUAGUAAUUUAUUUCCCAAGAUUACAUCUAAUCAUUUAUUUUACCCUCGUUUUAACACUAUUUAAAUCAUUAACUAAGGUAACAUAUUUGUUUGUUUCUUUUUGCUUUGAUUUUAACAACAAAUAUAUAAGAUGACUCUUUUGGUUUGUUUAGUUUUUUCGUCAUGGUUUUCGUAUACAAACACUAAUGAGAUAAAAAAUGAAAAGUUAAUAAUGAAUUUAUAUAGAAUUAUUAUUAUUAUUAUACUUUUUUGUCUUCUCAAAAAUUGGUUCUCAUUACGUUCCUCUUUCUCCUCUUACUUAAAUGUUAUUUCGUAGGAUUACAGUUUUAUUUUCAUUUAAGUUGAAGAUUACAAUUCUUCAAUUUAUUUUGUUGUAAUUCAUUGAUAUAAAAUAUUAUUUAUCUUCAAAAUUGCAUGAGUUUAUUGUAUUAGUUAUAUUUGUUUUAUUCACUUAAAACUAUUUUUAUUGUUUCCAUUGUUUCAAUUAUUAUGACAAUCAUAGCUACUAAAGUUAUUAUUGAUUGUUAUUCAUUUCUAUUAUUCAUUGGCUUUAUCCUUUCAGAAUGUCUUAUUGAAUUUAAUCAAGUUACUUUAGGAUAUUUUUUAACUUCAUGGCAUGAUACGCUUUAACUAAGCUUUUGUCUUUUUUUUAAGUUUCCAAAAAUCGAAACAUGUACUUGUUUUCUAAAUAAAAUCUUUCAUUUAAUUUAUUAAAUAAUACAAUGAAAUACAAACAUUAGCAAAGAUACAUACAUACUGAACAUCACAUUAAACGAAUCUUCAAAGGAUUAUAUAUAUAUAUUGUGAUUGAAAUUCCCUUAUGAUUUGAUUAAACAAAUAAACUACCUUCCUUUAUUGAUCC